AUGGCACCAAUGGCAGUCGAAGUCACCGAGCCCUCCAAGGCGCACAGCAUCGACACAUUCAGGUCGAGCACGCUCAGCAAAGAGAGCGAUGAGAAUCAGAAAGGCGGUGCAGUAGGUCGGACGAAAGAUGGUCGCCAACUCAAGAUCCGCUCCUAUCCCAAGUUCGAGAGUCUGGAGGAGGAACGCUUGUACAGGAAGCAGCAUCUCGCUGCCGCUUACCGCAUCUUUGCUGAUCGAGGCUUUGAUGAGGGUGUUGCGGGACACAUAUCAGUGCGGGAUCCUAUUCUGACAGACCACUUUUGGUUGAACCCGCUAUCAAUGCACUUCUCCCAGAUCUGCGUCUCAGACCUCAUCCUUGUAGACGAGGACGGCAAUAUCGUCAUCGGCGACCAACCCAUCAACGGCGCCGCCUUUGCCAUCCACAGCGAGAUCCACAAAGCUCGACCAGAUGUGCACGCAGCCUGCCAUGCUCACUCCGUCUAUGGCAAGGCUUUCUCGGCUUUCGGCAGGGAGCUCGACAUGAUGACUCAAGACUCCCUGCGCUUCUACAAGUCCCACGCCGUCUACCCUCAGUUCGGCGGCGUGGUCUUUGACCGCGAAGAAGGCCAGCGGAUUGCAGAGCACCUUGGUGACGGCAAGGCUGUUAUUCUGCAGAACCACGGCCUCCUCACAGUCGGCAACACGAUCGACGCCGCGGCUUUCUGGUUCAUCUCGUUGGACAAGACAUGCCAUGCGCAGUUGCUGGUCGAUGCUGCUGAGCAAGGCAGCGGGCAUAAGAAGACCCUCAUCCCUGAUGAGGAGGCGAAGUACUCCUACCAGCAAGUCGGGACGCAGGAGAAGGGCUUCCUGGCUUUCCAGCCGUAUUACGAUGAGUGUCUGGCGAAGACGAAUGGGUCGUUCUUGAAGUAG